AUGGCUCGCAAGUCCGCACCUCAAGAGGGAUUUAGAAUGGGUCUUGAUCACGCCCCGCAACCUGAUUACUACCAUCGAGACCACCAACAACGUACACACCGCGUCAAGACACCACUACCUACCACCGAACAAACAGGUGGCGCCGGCUGGUCCUCCAGAAUGGACGAAGCCUUCAACUCCCGCUGGAUGCACUCAGAUCUACCAGACGAGGAUGAACCCACCUUCAACCGUACCGUGCAACCGCCAUGGGCAUUCAUGUCGAACCUCGACGUCACGGACGAGCUCUCUAUGAGCAGGGUGGCACAGUAUUUUAACGCACGCUUUCACGUCCUCUCCUGGACGCAUGAGACGCUCGCCGUGCACCUCCACAUGACGGAGGAUGAGGCGAGGGAGGUGGCGCGGAUGUAUGAUGAGAGUUGUGGUAGUGCGUUACUAACUGAUAUGUUGAAGUGGUUUGCUGCCUUUCAUAAUAGUCCUACCCGUCGAAUCGCUUUGAGUGCUGAGAAGCUCGCGUCCAUUGUGACGAUCCAUGUGCGUGAGCCGAGGAAGUAUCCGGAUGCGUAUGCGUAUGAGGUUCGACAGUGGGAAGAGACGAAGAAGAAGUUUAAUCCGUAUUCUGAGGCUGCUGCGGUGGUGCCGACGAAGAAACUGAGGGCUGUCGUUCAUCGUCGGAGGGAUACACUUGUUGAGAAGCCGAAGACGGUUAAGAAGACGGAGAAGGGUGCUGUUGCUGUUUGCCGGAUUACGGAUGAUGAGGAUGAGGAUUUUGUUGUUGAGAAGCCAAAGACUGUUAGGAAGUCGAGAAAGAAUGCACCACCUUCUCGCGUUGAGUCUGAUUCUGAUGAGGUGGAGAUUAUCGAAAAGCCGAAGCCCGCUAGGAAAUCGAAGAAGAAGGUCCCGACUUCUCGCAUCGUACCAGACUCCGAUGAGGUAGAGGUCAUCGAAAAACCACAGCUACCUAAGAAGACAAAGAAGAAGGUCCCAACCCGACGCGCUAAACAAGAUUCCGACGAGGAAGAAAUUCCUGAGCCGCCAAAGCAAAUCACAAAAACCCCCAAGGAAUCAUUCUCAAGCAAAGCCGUCAAGGAAUCCAAAGGCCACGAUGAAGUUCAAGACCGCCGCAACCGCAAGCGAGAAACCACCACCACCUCCGCCAAAGCACCUCGUUCCCCUCGAACACCUCCUUGCUACAAGGUAGAAGACGAAGAAGCAGCAGCUACAGUCUUCGGAGGCGACGUGGAGGAUGAACUCGACCAGGACGACUUGUAUUCAGCCAGUGACAUCGCCGUCGCUACCGGCGCUGACAUGACCAAACCUCGUUCUGCCUCAUCAAAAACUCUGAACCCAACACCCGCCACUAAGCGACCUGCACGAAUCAGAGUUGAGAAAGGCCCAAGUAGCUCUUCUGAAGAAGAAGACGAUGAACCAAUCCUCUCCGCAAAGGGCAAGCUAGGAAAGAGAAAGCAAACGAAAAUCUCUCUUUCCCCUCCUCCAACUGGUGCACGAAGACGCCGAGCCAGUACUGUCCAGGCAAACGAUAUGAAUGCACGAGUUCCAGCGAGCAUCCGUAAGAGACAGGUCGAAACCAAGUUCGAGGCAAGCAGCAGCGGCAGCGAUGCGAACUACGACCCAGGACGAAAAGCAAAGUCUAAGUCGAAGUCGAAGUCAACCCCCAAGGGAAAGACGAAGGAGAGAAGAUCUUCGCAACCUGCUUCGAUGGAUAUGGCACCACCACCCCACGAGCAGGCAAGACAAUCAACACAAGGACCACAGGGAGAGAAUGAGGAACAAACCACGACCACACCACGAGAACACCCAGGAAGCUCAACGAGUGACUCGGGAGAGUUACCUUACGUCGUAAGUCUCCUCCUCCUGUCAUCCCAAAUAGAACCUAACUAACACCCCCUCAGAACGUCUUUCAAGAACCCAGCAUAGACUACAGUUCCUUCGGCUACCGCACCACCCGAGCAGGUCGCGAGGUACGUACUCUUACUCUCACCUCAAACCUCCAACUCCCUUUCUCGUUCCCUUCCCCAACUCCCUUUCCUUGCUAUCAUUAUCGUUUAAAAGAAAACAAUGUGCUAAACAUGACCACAAGUACUAAUACCCAAACCCACACGUACAGUAUAGCGCCUACUCCUAUCAUAUCGAGCCUACGGUUACCCCGCCCGAACCGAGGGGUCGUGGGGCGUUUGGUGGGAGACGUAGAUGA